GGUUCAGUUGGAUAAUGAGACGUCAGUUCAGAAGUGAUCAGACAUCAGAAUAGAAGGAGGAGAACACCUGUAUCGGACAUGGAGCGAGCGGAUGCUGCUGAUGCAGUGGGGACAGAAGCUGAAAGCUACUUUGAUAUUCUGGAGGAGAGGAGGCGGGGUAGUGAUAUAAGCUACGCCCUUCGAACCUUUAACCCCCAACCAUACCGUUUGGCCACACCAACUUCAGCCAGCGCUCUCAAAAGGAUGGUUUUAGAAUCACAGUACCUGAAUUACAUCAUACAGGAGAUCUCGGUUGAGAGCAAUGAACCGCAUGAUGUGCUUCUAGAAGAGGCGUCUGUGAUACUGGAUAAGAUGGCACAGAACCUGCAAAUGAGUUCCAUUCGUCUGCUGGGCUUCAUAAUGAACAAAGUGUUUAAGAGGGUGUUUCGAUCUAUACAUGUGAACGAGGAAGGUCUGACACGGCUCCAGCAGGUCAUUCAAGAGUAUCCCGUUAUCCUGUUGCCCAAUCACAGGAGCUACAUGGACUUCCUUGUUAUCUCUUACAUCAUGUUCACCUACGACCUUUCUGUUCCUGUCAUUGCGGCAGGCAUUCCUCUGAUGGGGAUGAAGCUGCUUGGUGAGAUCUUUCGGCGAGCGGGAGCGUUUUUUAUUCGCCGUGCCAUUGGCUCAGACAAGCUGUAUUGGGCGGUGCUGUCUGAGUAUGUCAGAACUAUUGUUCGGACAGGAUUUGCUCCGGUGGAGUUUUAUAUCGAAGGAUUACGUAGUAGAACAUUGAAAUCAGUUACUCCAAAACUAGGAAUGAUGCACAUGGUGUUAGAGCCGUUUUUUAAAGGAGAAGUGUUUGAAAUCAGUCUGGUCCCUAUAAGCAUCAGUUACGACCGUGUGCUGGAGGAGUCUCUCCUUGUCCACGAACUGCUGGGUGUCCCUAAACCCAAAGAGACAACAGGGGGUUUGCUAAAGGCUAGGACUGUGCUGAAGGAAGAUUAUGGCUGCAUGCAUGUGUGCUUUGGCAACCCUGUGUCUGUAAGAGAUCUGGCGAAAGGCAAAAUAAACCGCAUGCAGUACAAUCUAAUACCAAGAGAUUUGCCCAUUACACCGAAUAAAACGACACAAGAGUUUGUGUCUGGUGUAGCCCACAUGAUGGUUCGUCUGCAGGAGAGAAAUGUGGUACUGAGCCCGUGGAACCUGAUGGCUGUGGUUCUUCUUCAGAACCCGCAGGAGGGCAUUGAUCUGGACCUGCUGACCCACACAACACUUUGGUUAAGGAAACUGGCUGAGAAGUUUGGAGCUCAUCUCAACUGGCCAAAGCAUGUUUCAGAUUCUGAGGUGAUGUCAUCAAGCCUGACCCUGCACUACUCAGUAGCUCACUGUAAGAGUGGGCGUGUCUCUUUAGUGGAGGAGGCGGGUCCAAAACCUGUCAGUCAAGAGGAUGGUGUGCUUAGACGUGCUGCUGCUGUGCUCAUGUGCGCCUCCUACAGGAAUCAAGCUGUACACGUAUUCACAAGACCUGCUAUGGUGGCCAUUGCUAUGACAACGGCUGGAAAUAGGACAGAAAAUAUCUUUCAUCAUUUUAUCUUUCUGUUGGAGCUCUUUUCCAAUGAGUUCGUCUUCGUUCCUGGUCAAACCAUUCAGGAUUUCGAGGAGGGCUGUUCUUUAUUACAGCUGGCUGGUGUCAUUGGCCGCGCUGAUGAAGAGGUGUACGUGACAGAUGAAGGCCAGGAAACUAUCCUCUUCCUCAGAGCAAUGCUGCAGCCUUUCAUAGAAAGUUACCAGGUGGUGUUCAGGUACCUGUGCGAUGAAAGCUUACAGUCGUUCAGGGAGAAAAACUUCUUACCUAGUGUGCGCAGUUUUAUCACAAAGCUCCUGAUAUCAGGUGAAGUUCAGUCUCAUGAAUGUUUAUCAUCUGAUGUGCAGAAAAACGUUCUCUCAGCUUUGCUCAGGAUGGAUGCGGUGACCAAAACCAAAGUUGAAGACCAGAAUGAGUUCACAGUGAAUACAGCAGCAGUGAGGAGAAUAUGGACCUUACUAAAUGAUGUAUUGAGCCCUCAGAUCAGUUUAGAUGCCAGACUGUGAUGAAAAGAAUGGGAUGACAGGCACACGUUCCUCUACAGCCCUGUUUACACCCAGUAUUAGGAUUCAGCUAAUGUCCUAUCGCCUCUGAACGUGGUUGAAGUGAUCAUACUACAACACCUGCACUGUUUUUGGUGCCAUCCACUUCUGAUCGAGUCACCCUAAAAUGAUUUUUAUAACAAAUGUGUCUAUAUUAUAUCUGCAGUCCUCAUGUCUUGCUGAGGGUUUGUGUUUCCUAGAGGCACACAAAGAAAACUACAGGAGCUGCUGUAUGACAUCAUUUAUUAAGUUAUCAUUACUAGUUCAACUGAUAUGAUUGUAUUAGACAUAAAGAUCACAUAGAUAACAAUAUUGACGUCUUAGAUUCUCAACAAAAAUCAAACACCAUGUCAAAACCAACCUCUUCAAUCUUAAUUUAAAAAUGCAUAUUUAACAUGCAGUUAGCAUGUGAUUUUGCAAUGUUGAUAUUCAAAUUAUUUUAAUGAUAAAGAUGGAAGUAUUUUUUUUACUAUAAUUGCAAUAAAAAUAUUGAUUGUU